UCUCUCUCUCUCUGCCUCUCUCUGUCUACCUCUCAUCAUUUAUCUCUAUCUAUCUUUCUCUCUCUCUCUCAACCCUAUAACCCACAAACUUCUACACCCCCACCAUCACCAUCUUCUUCUUUCUUCUUUUUCCUUCUCAACACUCCUUCCUUCUUCCUCACCACAAUCUCACCGCCGACAUCACUAUUUCCUCUUCGUCCGUCAAAUUUUCGACGACCACCAUUUUUUCCAGUGAAUCGUCCUUCUUUCUCCCUCUUUUUCCACUCUUUUAAGAUUUUGGGUCUGGUUCGUAGCUUUUUUCAAUUCAAGGUAUGCAAAAUUUGAAAAGUCGGAGGCCAAACUGCAGCACUGUGAUUCUUCUGAGUUUGUGAGAGAGAGAGAGGAGAGGAGAGAGGUGAGCGGUGAUGAAGAAGACGUUGAGUAAGCAUUUCUUACACGAGCAUACAUUGGAACUCAAUGAUAAGGCAGAGGAGAAGUGUAAAGGUAAGUGCAGGGUAUGCCGAGAACCAAUCACUGAUUGGCAAUACUAUCGUUGUAGUAAGUGCCCUGAUAUACGCAUCCACACCCAUUCCUGUUCUCAAAUUCCACUCCAAUUCGAUCACCACCCCUUUCAACCCCACCCUCACCACACCCUUUACCUUUCCGAUAAACUCCUUCCAUCCCACUUUUGCUACGCUUGUGGUGGCAAUUGUUACGGAAGAGACUUCUUCAUCUACAGAUGUCUCGCCUCUGAUUUUGCCCUCCAUGUCAAGUGCGCUCUCCUCACCCCAACCCCCACCGCAAUCGCCACCAAAAACAACCACCACAACAAGAAGAUUCAAUUUCAAUUUCAGCACCAGAACGACCAACCCAAUCACCCACAUCCCUUUAUAUUGUGUCAUAAGGAUCAGAAUUUGAUUUAUAAGUGCACUUGCUGUGACUUGGUUAUUAAUGAAGAUUGUGUCUAUGUAUGUUUACAGUGUAAGGGUUUGUUGCACAAUUCAUGCUUAGAGUUGCCAUGGGAAAUUAAACACCCAUUUCACUCCUCGCAUCCUCUCGUCCUCCGCUCUCGGCCUGGCUCAUAUGACCGAGAGUUCAUCUGCAGCGUCUGUUGCCAGAGGCGGCACGGUUUCGCCUACCAUUGUUUUAAGUGCAAGUUUGUGGUAGAUGUUCAUUGUGCUUGUUUGAUACCUGAACAUGGUCAUACUCAUAUUGAACAAUUCAAGCACUCCCAUCCCUUGUUUUUGUGCCACAAUAAUAAUAAAAAUGAGAAUCUUAUUCAUUCUUAUACCUGCUAUGCUUGUUGGCGGCCCUUGAACGAUUCUAUUUAUUUUUGCCCUGAAUGCUGUGCCCUGCUUCACGAGUCGUGUGCUAAUUUGCCCCCAGAAAUCGAGCACCUCCUUCAUCCUCACCACACUCUCACCCUCCACUACCAUCAUCGACAUAGUCAAGUAAAUACACGCAACCUGAAAUGUGGGGUAUGUUUGAGCGAUUGUCAUGGUUUUUUCUACGAAUGUUCCCACUGCGAAUGGUACAUGGAUGUUAGAUGUGCUUUUUUGUCAAAGCCCACUAUUAUGAGCAGGUCUAAAAUUCACCACCACCCUCUUGCUUUGAUCUUCGCGGAAACUGCUCGAGUGGGUUGCAAGACCUGCGCAAAGUUCUGCCCCCAUAGCCCUUUAUUCCGUUGUGUGUGGUGCAAUUUCAGUCACCAUGUCCAUUGUAUUUCAGCAUUACCGCCUACCCUCAAAUACAAUAAUCAUAUCCAUCGCCUUACCUUCACCAAUUCUCCAAUUAAAGACCAUCAGGAUGAAGAUGAUGAGGCAGAGCUUUACUGUGAUGCUUGCGAAAAAAGAAGGGAUCUACCACAAGCAACUUAUUAUUGUGAAAAGUGCCACUACGUUGCUCAUCCUCAUUGCGUGGUAUCUGAGAUCAUACAUAUUCUUGAAGAAAAGUGGUCAAAGCACGAAAAUGUUGAGGAGCCACCUGCACUGACAUUGAAAGAAUUUCUAGACUCAUUUUCAGAGGAUGAGAACAAAGAAGUGAAAGGUGUUUUUGAAGCAUACAGAAGGGAUGUCCGAGGAAAAACUGGCAUCUUUAAAAACAUCGAGAAUUCUGAGCUUAGGCGCUCCACACAUUUAGACAAGGUCUCUGCACGAGUCAUGAAAAAGCUUAUUUUUGAAGUUGAUGUUGCAAUGCCUUGGGAAAAUUGGGAUUCCACAUCAAAGGUUAUUAAGGAUGGAAACUACAUGAUUUUGGAGAACCAGGUGUCCAUCCUAAAAGUCUUGUUUUCAAAAUAUGGGGACUUUAGUAAUAGAUCAAGACUUAGUACGAAGGCAAUUAUGUUAUUCAUAAUGACAGUAUGUGAAGCCGUAUACAACAUGUGCAACACCAAGGUCGUGGACAUAACUACAAGUCUACUUUUGACUUGGUUUCACUCCUUUGCUCUUGCUCAAUAUGCAAACUUUGAAAUUAUGUUUGUCAUUGCCCGUUUGACCAAACUGGUGCGUGCUCACUUUGGCCUCCAAGCUGAUCAUGAUGUUCCUGUAGACCUUAACCUUGCUGGACUGAGUGUCCAGAUCGCAAAGCAACUUGCAGUCAUAGAUUCCAAAGCACUGGCCAUUGUUAAACAAGAUGGAGAAACUGAUGAUCUCCGGAAGAAGGUAGAUUCGAUGCAGCUAACCAUUAGCAAACUGGAUGAAGCUAUUCAAGAGCUUGAAAAUAAUAAACAAGCAAUUGAAAAGAAGAAACAGGCACUUGGAAAGAAGAAACAGAAACAUGCACUUGAAAAGGAGAAAGAGGCACUUGAAAAGAACAAGAAGGCACUUUUGAAGACGCUCGAAGAGAAGUGCGUAAGAAAGGAGUGCUUGAUUGAUGCUCUAGAACUCGAGGGACAGAUGGCAGGCACAAGCCUGUUGUGAUGUGCAGCAAAGGCUCUACUAUUACUAGCAGCAACCAUUGUUGCAACAGAUCAUACACAUUCUACAAGAAGAGUGGUCAAAGCAUGAAAAUGUUGAGUGCUUUUCAGGGGCCACUUGUAGUGACUUUAAAAGAAAUUUUAGAUUCAUUUACAGAGAAUGAGAAUGAAGAAGUGCAAGGUCUUUUCGAAUCUUACAGAAGGGAUGUUCGAGAAGGUGCCAUCCUCCCAAAAAUCUUUCUAUCUUUAUACGAGGAUGCGGAUGAGGACAAGAACAAAAAAAUAUGUAUGGCCGUGGCCAUGGAAAAGUUUUUUUCUGAAGUUGAAGUUGAAGUUGCAAUGCCUUGGGAAAAUUGGGAUUCCACAUCAAAGGUUAUUAAGGAUGGAAACUACAUGAUUCUUAAGAACCAAGUGUCUACCCUGAAAGACUUGUUUUCAAAAUAUGGGGACUUCAGUAAUAGAUUGAAACUUAGUACGAAGGCAAAUACAUUAUUCAUGAUGGUAUCCUAAGCUAUAUACAGCAUGUGCAGCACCAAGGUUGUGGACAUAACUACAAGUCUACUUUUGACCUGGUUUCACUUUUUUGCUCUUGCUAAAUCUGCAGAAUUGAAAAUUAUGUUUGUCAUUGCAAAAAGAACCAUCAACAAUGUAGAGAAGUAAUUCUAUUUUAAUAAUUUAAUCUCAAUUUUCACUAUUUGCUCUUUUUUAUUCCGUUAUUCUGACCUCACUUUGUCUUGGUAAUUUGAUCAUACAUAUUCUAGAAGAAGAGUGGUCAAUGCAUGGAAAAGUUGAGGUAAAAAUUGCUUUUGUUGAUAUUGCCCUUAAAACUGUUCUAUCUACAAAUAUCUUAGAUCUACUUGAGCCUUCUAGUGAAAGUGCCUACGUUCUUCAGGCUCUUCUUCUUCUUCUUCAUUUUCCUUUUGUUUAUGUCCACAUUUUUCUUUUCAUUCAAAAAGUCAACAUCUUGAUUUUGUGUUUUCUGUAAUUUUCAGGAGGUACGUGCACUAUUGUCGAAAGAAUUUUUAGAUUCAUUUACAGAGGAUGAGAACAAAGAAGUGUAAGGUCUUUUUGAAGAAGCCUACAAAGGGAGUGUUCAAGGAGAAAAAGGCAAGAUUUUGCUAUGUUUAUACGAGGACAGGGAUAGGAUGAGUAUGACAAAAUAGAUAUGAUCAAGGUCUUGAUGAAAAAGUUUGUUUCUGAAGUUGAAGUCACAUUGCCUUGGGAAAAUUGGGAUUCCACAUCAAAGGUUAUUGAGGAUGGAAACUACAUGAUUUUGGAGAAUCGGGUGUCCAUCCUAGAAGCCUUGCUUUCCAAAUACGGGGACUUAAGUAAGAGUUCAAGACUUGGCACAAAGGCAACCAUGUCAUUCACAAUGACAGUAUGUGAAGCUGCACACGACAUGUGCAGCACCAAGAUCAGGGACAUAACUACUAGUCAAUUUUUGAUCUGGCUUCUCUCCUUCACACUUGCUCAAUAUGCAGGCUUUGAAAUUCAGUUUGUCAUUGCUUGUUUGACAAAACUGGUGCGUACUCACUUUGGUCUCCAAGCUGAUGAUGACAUUCGUAUAGAACUUGAGCUUGCCAAAAUGGGUGUCCCGAUUGCAACACAACUUUCAGUCGUAGAUUCUAAAGAGCUCACCAAUAUUGAACAAGAUGGAGAAACUGAUGAUGAUCUCUGGAAGAAGGUAUCUUUGCAGCUAACCAUUAUGAAACUAGAUGAUGCCAUUGAAGAUCUUAAAAAGAAGAAACAGGCACUUUUGAAGUUGCAAGAGGAUAGGUGCUUAAGAAAGGAGUUCUUGAUUAAUGUUCUAGAACUAGAGAGACAGAUGGCAGGCGCAAGCCUAUUGUGAAAGGGUCUACUACUAGUGGCAACUACCAUUGUUGCAGUAGGUUUGUGGUCCUUGACUCUUGUGUUGAUUUGAUUAUGUGUCAUUUCAUAGGAAUCAUUAUGUACACAUAACCAACCACGUAAACUAGAGGCGGAACACUCCAUUGAUCACAAUUAUUCUUCACUUUGA